AUGAUGACCGGCACCGGCACUCCCUUCAAGUACAGCACCCCGUGCCGAAGCAAGAAGCAGCGCUUGGGCCGCAUUGGCAUCGAAGAAGAGAAUGUCAAGGCGUGCAUGGACGUGAGUGAUUUGUUUUUGACGCCUCCCUUUGGCAUCCAAUUGUUGUCGCUGGAAAACCGCCAAGAAGAAGACCGCUGUUGCGUUGGAUCUUCUUCGGCAGCAACCAGAAGCUUCCCAUCUCCCCCGUUUUCUACUACCCCAUCCACCCCUCUCCAAAAGAAAUCCCACCGCGUCCGCCGCACGAGGUUCGGUGGAAAUGAUAACGCGGUUCUCCAGACACCACUCGCAGCAUCAGCGGUGUUGAGACCACGCGUCAUAGAAGACAGCCAAGUUAAAAGUUCCUCCGUGCUGGAUCUCAACCGUUCCGAAAUGAAAGCCCUGUCGCUUCCCUCCUUGCCCGAUAGCCCGCGAUCUGUGGGCGCUUUUGCGCUUCGCAGACGUGCGUCUUCUGGUUCGGAAGCCAAGAGAUCCAAGAGGGUCGCGCCUCGUGUCUUGUUUGGUUAA